ACAAUAUUUGUGUGCGUUUUGAUCCUGUAGGAGUAGGAUGUGCUAAAAAAUCUCUGGACUGCAGAGAUCCAUUAAUUGUAGUUUGGUAAAAAUUGAGGUCCCAAUAAGAUAGGGGAAGAGGGAGACCACGAAAAAAGAGGAUGUUUUCCAAUAUUGGUGGUGGGAAAGAAAUUACUAUAUAUUAUCAUCUUGAGGGAUGGACGGUGUUCUCUUGCCAUUUCUUCUCCCCGAAAAAAAGGCAGAGGCAAUAACAGGAGGACUCGAUUACCAUCUCUAAUGUCAUUGUGAAUGCCAACAAUUCCACGUUUUUGUGAAUGAGGUUUCAAGAAAUAUGGAGCAAACACAGCACUAGCCAUUAUAUAUAAUACAGCAGCCAGCACCAGCAGAUAUAUCGCCCUUCCUCAUCGUGAUUGAAAAGCUAAGAAGAAGAGAGGAAAUAUAUGGAAACGAAUAACAAUGGCACAGAUUUUGGUGGAUCGAGAUCUCGGAAGAUGAAACUGAAGAGCCUGAAGACGAGAGACGACAUGUCGGGUGUAGAUCACGAAGAAGAUUACCACACAGGAGUCCCGGCAUCAGUGCCCUUCGUGUGGGAGUCUGAGCCGGGCACUCCCAAGAACAAGGACGAGGAGAAGGAGAAGAAGGACAAGUUUGACGAUGAUGGCGGAGUCGUCUCUCCUCUCACGCCUCCACCUUCGUACUUCUCUCCCUCUCCGAGACACAGACACAGCAGGCCCCUCAGCCUCAGGAAUAAUAGCAGGUCCUCCUCCAGAACCAACUUCCUCAACAAUGUCUUCCGCAAGCUUUCUGUGAAGGCUGCCAGUCUGCAGCCUCCAUCCCUGCCUUCUUCUUCCUCCUCGUCAUCCAGCUCGUCGUUGUCAUCGUCCACGAUGACAACGCCGACCAGCUCCAGGAGGGAAAGAGGGAGGAGACUGUCGUUCGAGUGGAAACUGGAUGAUCAAGAGGAGGAGGAAGAGGAAGAGGAGGAGACAAAUAAUGAAGAAUCACCAGUUUCUACUUUGUUCUUUGGGCGACGAGUAAAUGGUCAAGGCUGCUGUCCCAAAUUGGUGAAGGUGUUCUCCAGGGAUGUUAAUUGAAAUCUGAUCCAUCAUCAUCAUCAUCUUCUAUAUACAGAGACAUGUGUGAGAUUUUUACGGUUUCUUUUUAUUAAUUAUAUAGUGAGACGGCUUUAA